UCUUCUCCCGCCCCUCGCCCCGCUGCUUCCCCCUCUCCUCUCCUGAACGCUGAUGUGUUACUAACUUCAGCCUCCGACUCUUGACAACAAAAUGUUCGAUUUCGGGUCAAAAUUGCUGCUGCUCUUCCUGCUGGCCUUCCCCUGUGGGUUAAUAUCCAUCGGCCACGUCUCUGCAGACUCCGACUCUGCCGAGGACAUCGCCGAGGACGCGGAUGCUGCGGUGGAUGAAGAGGAAGACGACGAGGAAGAGGUGCUCGUUGAGGAAGAUCAGAUACAACCCACGGAAGGAGAAGAAGAUGACACCGAGGAAUCAGCUGAUAAACUGUUGACGUCUCACCCCGAUGCCGACACAACCAUCAUCUUCAUGACAGGAGAAGAGUUUCCUGCCAAUGAAAUUGUGAGAUUCCUGGUGGGUUUCACCAACAAGGGAAGUCAGGCUUUCACCGUCCAGUCGUUGGAGGCCUCCUUCCGUUACCCCCAGGACUUCCAGUUCUACAUCCAGAACUUCACAGCUUUGCCUCUGAACACUGUGGUGCAGCCCCAGGCUCAGGCCUCCUUCGAGUACUCCUUCAUCCCGGCUCAGCCCAUGGCAGGUCGUCCAUUCGGUCUCGUUAUCCUCCUCAACUAUCUUGACACCGAGGGCAGCGUGUUCCAGACUGCCAUUUACAACCAGACUGUCACCAUCACUGAGCUAGAAGAGGGACUGGACGGAGAAACAAUGUUCAUGUACAUCUUCCUGGUCGGACUGGUCGCCCUGAUGCUCUUUGGGAUGUACCAGGUCCUGGAGACGAGGACGAAAAAGAGACUCCCAGUGAAAAUUGAGAAGGGUACUGGUGGGAUGAGCGAUGUGGACAUUAGCUGGAUUCCUCAGGAGACUCUCAAUGUCAUGAACAAGGCUUCCCCUAAAGCAUCUCCACGGAAACGAACCAACAGGGCAGCUGGAGCCGAUCAAUAAAACGGUCCGUUUCCAUCCAUCACUAUACGGUCCAACAGGCUUUCAAAGCUCAUUUCCUCACCACAGUUACCCAAUUGCCAUUUACAUGGAACAUUUCUGGAAUCCAAUUUCCGUCCCGAGCAAUGAGUUUAAGAUCUCAGCCUGCUGGUGUCAUGACCAGAGAGCAUCCUGGACUCUAACAGGCUAUUCAGACACUAACAAGACUGAACUACAGUUUAUUUUUAAAGGGACCUUUUUUUUAUCAGUAUGUAUGUGUGUGAAUGGUGAUAAAAAAUAAACCAAUAAGUCAUUAUUUUUUUAUUACAGUACGGUACUUAAUGCAUAAACUCCCUGCCUGUGAAGUCAUGAUAAUUACAUUGGAGCUUAAUGACAUUUCAUUUGGUGAUCUGCAUUAUUACCAUUCAGCGGAUCAUUCAUAUUUGAUCUUUUCUGAAUCCCCUUCCUCUCUAUCAUGUAAACACCAUUGUGCCUUAUCUGUGCUGUACUUGCACAGUCUUAAAAAUGCAAAAGGUUUCUCACUGCAGUCAUUCAUGGCCUGAGGUUUUUGUGCUUUCAGCGGGGAAAUGGCAGCUGCAGUUACAACAUAUGUUAAAACAGUGUUCUCUGGAGGUUUCUGCAGGUUAAUUUGCCUGUUUGUUUGUUUGUUUGUUUGUCUGUUUAUUCUCACCUUAUUGUUGUAUGAGGCUCAGGAGGUUUUACAAUGUGCCAAUGCUGCAAUCUUUUGGUUGCAUGCCACAACUUGUGAAAAAAACGUUUUUUUCAAAAAUCAAUAAAAGGGUGAACAAAGUG